CACCCACAGUUGCUCUCCAGCGGCCGCCAGCAGCAUCCACCGGAGCGCACUCUCUCUCUCUCUCUCUCAGCCAGAGGACCAGAAUCGCUGGAAUCUUGAAGCCAAUUUAGGAUAAAAUCAUAAAACAUCAGCUAUGGCGACUAUAGGAGAUUUCGACCCGUUAAACUCCGCUGUUCCUGCGACUAAAAUUGAAAUCACCGUUUCUUGCAGAAACCUGUUGGACAUGGACACCUUCUCAAAGUCAGAUCCAGUGGUUGUAUUGUACGUUCAAGGCCUGGGCACAAAGGAGUGGAGAGAGUUUGGUCGAACUGAAGUGAUUGAAAACACACUGAAUCCUGACUUUGUGAGGAAGUUUGUUCUUGAUUACUUCUUUGAAGAGAAACAGAAUCUUCGUUUUGACGUGUACAAUGUGGACAUGAGGAGCUGCAACCUUUCCAAGCAUAAGGACUUUCUGGGUCAGAUAUUCUGCACACUUGGAGAGAUUAUCGGCUCCUCUGGUGGCAGACUGGAAAGGAUGCUCUCAGGAAUUCCUGGUAAGAAGUGUGGAACCAUCAUCUUCACAGCUGAGGAGCUCAGCAACUGCCGGGACAUAGCCACCAUGCAGUUCUGUGCCAACAAGCUGGAUAAAAAGGAUUUCUUUGGCAAGUCUGAUCCUUUUCUCGUCUUCUACCGGAGCAAUGAAGAUGGAACGUUUACCAUCUGCCACAAGACUGAGGUGAUCAAGAACAAUCUCAACCCUGUUUGGCAGUCAUUCACAAUCCCUGUACGAGCACUUUGUAAUGGUGACUAUGACAGGACAGUGAAGGUGGACGUUUUUGACUGGGACAGAGAUGGGAGCCAUGACUUCAUUGGAGAGUUUACCACCAGCUACAGGGAACUGUCCAGAGGCCAAAGUCAGUUCAAUGUGUAUGAGGUUUUAAAUCCUAAAAAGAAAGGAAAGAAGAAGAAAUAUAUCAAUUCAGGAACGGUGACUCUCUUGUCUUUUAAAGUGGACUCAGAACACACUUUUGUCGACUACAUCAGAGGAGGGACGCAACUGAAUUUCACAGUGGCCAUAGACUUCACUGCUUCCAAUGGCAAUCCAUCCCAGCCCACCUCACUGCAUUAUAUGAGUCCAUACCAGAUGAAUACGUAUGCCAUGGCCCUAAAGGCUGUGGGGGAGAUCAUUCAGGAUUAUGACAGUGACAAGCUCUUCCCAGCAUAUGGCUUUGGGGCUAAGCUACCUCCAGAUGGCAAGAUCUCACAUGCCUUCCCCCUGAACUCGAAUACAGAAAAUCCAAACUGUGAGGGUAUCGAAGGUGUACUAGAGGCUUACUUCCACACCCUGCGAACGGUUCAGUUGUAUGGCCCGACCAACUUUGCUCCUGUCAUUAAUCAGGUGGCUCGAUGUGCUGCAGACGUGACGGACGGCUCACAGUACUUUGUGCUGCUAAUGAUCACAGAUGGUGUCAUUUCGGACAUGGCUCAAACUAAAGAGGCAGUUGUUAAUGCAGCUUCUUUGCCCAUGUCUAUAAUCAUAGUAGGAGUGGGCCCUGCUGAGUUCGAUGCAAUGGAAGAGCUUGAUGGGGACGAGGUCAGAGUAUCCUCAAGGGGACGAUUUGCUGAGAGAGACAUUGUCCAGUUUGUUCCUUUCCGGGACUACAUGGAUCGGUCUGGGAACCAGAUCCUGAGCAUGGCUCGACUGGCCAAGGACGUCCUUGCAGAGAUCCCUGAUCAGCUGAUGUCUUUCAUGAAGAGUCGAGGGAUUGAACCACGACCUCCACUGCCCGCCAACACUGACCCUCCUUCAGUGUCUACCACCAGUGGAACCCCUGCUCUUGCUGCCAAGCAAAGCAUUACGCAUCCCUGACUGAGGGUAACAAGUGUUGCAGAGCAGGAGUCAGUUUGAGCAAAGGAAGGGUGUGUGUGUGUGUGUGUGUGUGUGUGUGUGUGUGUGUGUGUGUGUGUGUGUGUGUGUGUGAGUGUGUGUGUGUGUGUGUGUGUGUGUGUGUGUGUGUGUGUGUGUGUUAGAUGCAGAACUUCAGGGUUGGUUGGCAAAAACCAAAACAGUAAACUGAGCCUAAAAACAGAAAGACCAUGCUUCUUUUCCAUUUUUGACAUCUACAUCUGGCAUAGCAGGGUAGAAAUUAAAUGGUUAUAUCUUUUCUUUUUUAGGGUGUGACUUCAUCAGCACCCACCAAGUUAAACUUUCUGCCAGUACAACCUAUCAUCAUAUCAGGAGGCACAGUCUGUAUUUCAAACCAAGGCUUCAAAUACUGAGAUCCUAUUAAUCAAAGAGUUUAUGUUGUUAAUUAAUUUAAUGUGUCUUGCAGACUUUACAUCUGCAGCUCAGUCCCUCCUGUUUCUGUUUCUGGUUAGUCGUGCAGAACCUCACCACCCUGAUUUGUCUUGGCAACAGCAGUAUGAUGUUUGUCCUUGCCCUGAUUAUUUCAAAGCUUUGCCACAAGCUAACAUCAAGCAGGCUAGAGUUACUUACUAAAGAAAUCAACUCACUGGUUGGAAAAGUGAGAAAUGUUAAAGUGUUAAUGGAUGGAUCUUUGCUGAUCAUUUGUAAUGAUGUUAAACAAAAAGAAAGGGCCCUGAAUAUUAAAAAAAAGUCCCAGGUGAGAAUGUACUUUUUUAUACCAUUAUACCAUUUUGUACUUUUGUACAAAAUUGUAUAAGAUAUAAAGUGGAAUCAAUUGGGCAGAAUUAUGAAUCAAUAGUUGUUAAGAUCUGGAUAGGAAAUGAUCAGAUUUCGGUCAUUAAUCUAUAUAAUUGUAGCAAGAAAUUGACCAUUCAAAAUCUUAAUGACGUAAAUGAACAGCAUGAAGGAAAGAAUGUAUGGUGUGGUGAUUUCAGUUCACAUAAUAUUUUAUGGGGCAGUCUAAAUACAGAUGCAGAUGGAUUGGUCAUUGAAGAGUUUCUUGAAUUACGUUCACUAAUUUGUGUUAAUGAUGGUGGUCCUACUAGAUAUGAUUGUAAUAGGAAUUCAGAAAGUGUUUUAGAUUUAACAUCGGUGUCAAAUGGAAUAGCUGGAAUUACAUCUUGGGAGGUGAUGAGUGAUUCUCCUAUGGGUAGUGAUCAUUUUCCUAUUCGAAUAUCAGUUGGUUCUGAAGUAGAUAAAGAAGAGGAAGUACUGAUUCCAAGAUGGAGAUUAAGUAGGGCUAAUGGGGAAUUAUUUCAAUAUUUAGUUGAUAACUAGUGGGAUAAACUAGAUGAAAACUUGUUUGAUGAUGUGGAGUUAAGUAAAUCAAAGAUUGUGUCUGUUAUAGUUAAUGCAGCUGAAAUCGCAAUUUCUAAAACGGGGGGAAGAGGAAAUAAAAAGUCUAUUCCAUGGUGGAAUGAGCAAUGUAGUAUUUCUAUAAGGGAAAGAAAUAAAGCUUUUAAAUUAGUAAGGAGAUGCCAUACUUUUGAGGCAUUAAUUCAGUAUAAGAAAGCCCAAGCUAUAGUUAGGAAGACAAUUAGAAGGCAUGUUGGAGGCAGUAUUGUAAUUCUAUUGGAAGAGAAGCCAUGUUAUCUGAGGUAUGAAGAGUUAUUAACAAAAUGAAUGGUGUUAAGAAGAACUUUUCCUUACCUGUUCUAGAAUUUAAUGGGAAAAUAGCUGUUAGUAAUAAAGAAAAGGCUGAAUUAUUAGUGGAAACAUUAAAGUACAUAGUUCAGAAAAUGUAUCUAAAGAUAUAAAGAGUUAUAAAGAGAAGAUUUUAGCUGAAAAUCCAGGAAUCACUAAUAAGAGAAUGGUUACAAAUCAAGAUCUAGAUACGCCUUUUACUUUGAAUGAGCUGAAAAAAGCUAUGUUUAAUGUUAAACAGUCAACACCAGGAAAAUAUGGAGUGUGUUAUAUAAUGCUUAAACAUUUAAAUGAUAUAUCUUAUUUUAAAACUGUUUAAUCUGAUUUGGGAGACGGGGAUUGUUCCUGCAGCAUGGAAACAGUCAGUUAUAAUUUCUGUGUUGAAGCCAGGUAAAAAUGCAACAGACCCUUCAAACUAUAGGCAAAUAGCUCUCACAUCUCAAUUAGGGAAAACAAUGGAGAGAUUUGUAACAAAUAGACUUAUAGACAAAUAGAUCGUAUUUUCUUGAAAGUAAAUAUUUAUUCUGUCCUUUUCAAAGUGGUUUUCGUAAAGGGAGAAAUACGAUGGAUGCGGUUCUGUGCCUGGAGUCAGUAGUAAGGAAAGCUCAAACAAAUAAAGAAAUAGUGAUAGCUGUGUUCUAGAAAAGGCGUAUGAUAUGUUAUGGAAAGAGGGAUUAUUGAUUAAAUUAGAAAAAAUUGGCAUAAGUGGUAAGAGUAUAACUGGGUUUUAGAUUUUCUGUUUGGUAGAGAAAUAGAAGUUAGAGUUGGGGCUGAUUUCUCUACUAGAUAUAUUGUUGAGAAUGGUACCCCUCAAGGCAGUGUGUGUAUCCCAAUUCUUUUUAAUAUUAUGAUAAAUUACAUUUUUGAUGAGAUAGAUGGUAGUAUAGGGAAAUCUUUAUUUGCAGAUGAUGGAGCUCUGUGGGUAAGGGGUCACAAUCUCAUCUUUUUGCAGAAAAAGAUGCAGGAUACUGUUUUGAAAGUGGAAGGUUGGGCAAAUAAAUGGGGAUUUAGAAUUUCAGUUGAAAAGUCCCAAGUUAUUUGUUUUUAUAGAAGACAUAAGGAAGUGAAUUUAACUCUUUAUAAUCAGAAGCUUGAACAGGUGAAUAAAGUGAGGUUUUUAGGGGUCAUUUUUGAUGAAAAGUUAACUUGAAAACAGCACAUAGAAUUAGUUCAAAAUAAAUGUAAAAUAGUCAAUAAUUUGUUGAGAUGUCUUUCUGGACAGGAAUGGGGAGCUUCAAGAAGUGCGCUGUUGGGUGUUUAUCAGGCUCUCAUGAAAUCUUCCUUGGAUUAUGGAGGUAUAGCAUAAAUGGCAGCUGCUGACAGUCAUUUGAGAAAACUAGAUAGUGAGCAAACACAAGGGUUAAUAAUAUGUUGUGGAGCUUUCAGAUCAUCUCCUUUAGCUGCUUUGCAAGUUGAAACUGGUGAGCUUCCUUUAAGGUUAAGAAGAUUGAAACUAAUGUAUGCAUAUUGGGUAAAUCUACAGGGAUAUAAUAAUGAUCAUCCAACUAAGGCGGUGCUGCAGGACUGUUGGAACAUCAUAAAUCUAAUUGUAACAGCUUUGGAUGGUUUGGGGACAUCAAAGCUCAAAAUUUGGGUUUGACUCAGUUCCAGUACAGUUUUACAGUUCCACAGUCACCAAUUCCACCAUGGUUAUUUAUCACACCAGAAGUUUAUCUACAAUUGGGAAAACUUCUUAAAAAGGGAAAGACUCCAGAAUGGGUUAUAGUUAAUAAUUAUUUUGCAAGAUUUAAAAAUAGUAUAAUUAUAUAUGCAGAUGGAUCUAAAGAUCCUAAUAGUGGCAGAACAGGAGCAGCUGUGAGCAUCCCACACCAUAAAGUCAUGAUUAAAAAGAGAACAACAGAUCAUCUAGCAGUUUAUACAGUUGAAUUAAUUGUCAUUAUGUUAGCUGUAGAAUGGUUGGUUGAUGAUAAUAUUAGAGAAGGAAGUAAAUAUAUAAUUGCAUCAGACAGUCAAGCUGCAUUAUUAAGUAUAAAAUCUGGCAAAUCUUGUAGAUUAGAUUUAUUAUUAGGCAUAUAUCAAUUAUUAGUUCAGCUACAUAAUAAGAAAUGUUUUGUUUUUUUUGUCUGGAUUCCCGCUCAUGUAGGUAUAGAAGGAAAUGAAGAAGUAGAUAUAUUAGCUAAACAGGUCCGGAAAUUAAAAGUUAUUAACUUAAAUAUUCCUUUAAGCAAAGGUGAGGGUAAAUCUAUUAUUCAAAAUAGAAUCGGUAAGGUUUGACAGGAGCAGUGGGAUAGUCAUGACACUGGUAGAGAUUUAUAUAAAAUUUAAAAGAGUGUGGGGGGUAAUAGUUGUAUGAAUGGAAGGAGGAAGGAAGAGGUAGUCAUAUCUCGACUUAGAAUUGGACACACUGGACUUAAUAGAUCUCUUUUCAGAAUAGGGAAACAUGAAACAGGCACUUGUGAUUACUAUAAUUAUAUGGAAACAGUGGAACAUGUGUUAUUUGAAUGUAAUACGUAUUCAGAGGAACGUCAGCACUUAAAGUCGGUACUAAAUAGAAAGUAAAUAGGAUUUUCGAUGAUAAAUCUUUUAGGAAAUAAAUCAAAUUUUGUUAGAAUUCAAUUAAUUAGAUUUUUUAAAAACACUGGGUUAUUUAAUCGUAUUUAGUGUGUGUGUGUAUGUGUGUGUAUGAAUGUUAAUUUGAGCAUUCUAGCAUAUCAUUGAGGUAUGUAUUAUUAAUUUCCCUCUGGGAUCAUUGAAGACCACACUCCAGUCUGGUAGGUGGCGGUUAAUGCACUUUGAGUUGAUUGCCAUCUGCCAAUAAAUAACAAAAGAAGAAGAAGAGAGAAGGAAACAACACUUGUUGAUGGGCCAGAAACAUAGCAGACAGUUAAACUUCCUUUUUUGCUUCUAAUUUAUUUUCUUGUUCUUUUAUUUUUCCCUCAAUCUGUUUUAGUACUGCAAUAUUAAAUGAACCCCCCUGUGGGAAAUUUGCAUGUUUUAUCCAUUCAUUUAAGCAUGCCAUGCUUUCAGGCCCAUACUUUCUCAGCAUGAAAUCAAACGUCUUGCCCUGGGGAAGGGUAUGGCCCUGGACACUUUGCCUUUGUCCUUUUAUUCCAACUUCUCCAGCAUAUAGACACCUUUUUUCACUUUAUUUAUUUAUUUUUUAUGGUCUUCUGGGAGCUCAUCCAAUGAGCGAAGGCCCCCUCUUAUUGACCAUUCUGAGAUAAUGGCCGUCAAUUCUCUUUUUUAAAAUCUACCUAACAUGUAGGAUAGGUGUACUUGAGGAUCAGGGUUUGAAACCACUGGCUUAAAUCACCAGUGUUGCUGUGUGACUACAGUGUUAAGUUUAACAGAUGUGUGGGACUUUUCAACUCUUCCAACCUAAACAUGCCCAUCCAAAUUCUGUCAAAGCACAGUACACUGGUCGGACACCCCACAAGACAAGAAGUUCUGCCCGGACGUUGUGUCAAGAUCGAGUUGCAAGACCCUUUAAGACAGUGCUGUAAGAACAAUAAUGAUGUAAUUUGCUGCAGGAGCCAGAACAAAUGACUCUGGUUCUUGCAGAGUAUGUAGCAGGUAUUUGGCUACAUAAAGCAUUGGCAUAGGCUGAAUAUUCAAAUGCCUAGAGCUGCAACUAGUGGAGAAGGCGUUGCUGCAAAAACUAAAAAAAAAUGUUUUAAAUAAAUGGAUUGAUUUAAUUUAAUUAAGAUGAAGUUGUUCAAAGAUAGAAUAGUCUUUGGCUGAGUAGAAAUAUUGUUUGUGAUGAUGGAAUAAAGAAGCAAACAUAUUUCUACUUUGGUUGAUGUUCUCUGUGGUGAAUGUGAUGUUGAGUAGAACUUUUCAUCCAAAACAUAAGCUUGAAUAAGUAAUAAAAACUAAAAUAAUUGCUAAGGUUGCUCUGACAGCAGGUAAAAAUACCCCUCUAAUGGUUUCUGGUGGUAUUGAAAUGUUUGAGGUUCAAGUGGUAAAUAUGAGUAGUACUUUCAGAAAUGAAACUUCAUUCAUUAAGAGUCCUAGGUGUAUCCCUGUCUAAUAGUAUGUCCAGCCACUCAGUGAACACUGCGUUGCAUGAUAAAUGUGAUGUAACACUAAAUUCUAACUGUGUAAUGAAAUUUGAUUGCACAUAUUCUCUUAAAGGUAUAGUGGAGGAUUUUUCCAGGAAUGUAGAUAAGAAAAGCCCAAGUCACUUUUUGAAUAACUGCUCAUGCGUGAGACCAUACCCGCUCUUCCACUCGUCAGGGGGAUCAUGUGAAAGAAUCUUCCAAAUACACUUUGGUCUUACCUCUGUCUUCGGGGGCCACUACCCCUAAAAUUGAAGCCGUAAAAGAUCAUCCACUGUACCAUUAAGUAUUUCAUUUUGUACACAGUUCAUGAAAAGAAAAAUGGGGGAAAAUAAUAAUAAUUGUCACACAUCAAGACAAUUUAUUCUACGUAAUGAAAUGUAAAAUAUCCAAGCAGUAUAUAAAAAUCAUCAAAUGAGUUGAUUUAAAAAGAAACAUGUAGCAGCAAUUAUUUGCAGUAGCUGUUUGCUUAUGUACUUUUUUUCUGCUAAACUUGGUUUCUAUAGACCGAUAAAUAGGUACCAAUAACUAUAGGUGAUUUCCACAUUGAUACUGAUAUUAUGUUCCUACAUAAAUAUCCUUUUGACAGAAGCGGUUGGGAUGGCCAAAGGUUAUGGGAGUAACAUAAAUUACUUUUUUGCUUGUUUUUUUGCAUCUCUGGUAUUAGCAGAUGGUUGUUUUAGUGUACUGAAGAAUAGAAAAAUAAAUCUGUUUCAAAAGCUUUUAUAUUAGCUAAAGAAUGAAACCUCUGUGAAAAGACAGUUUUCAUAAUGUCUAUUUUUCCUCAUAAUCUCUGUAAUCGACUGAGAUUCUGGGCCAAGGCCAGAUGAUAGGUGUCUCACUAGUGCUUGGUUACGAUCUGGGAAGUUUCUAAAAUGUUUGAGCUUUUAGCUUCUUAUAUGCCCUACGCAGGAGGCCUUCAAGAUGGACAUUUUGUAGAUCAUCACAGAUUGUACCUGGAUUGUUGGAUGAAAUGUGCUCUUUGGGUUUGUUUUGAUCAUUCUAUCCUUCUUUUUCUUUCUUUCAUUUUGUUUGUGUACUUGUUGCAGUUUUCAGUCUGUCUUUGAUGUGAUCUUGAUACAAAAGUGGAUUCUUUGCAGCUAUUAUUUUCCUAUUAGAACGUUCUGUAAGAGCCUUCCCCUCAGACUGUUUGUAGUUGUAUUUAAACCCACCCACUGCCACUGGUGCUUGCUGGACUCUGUGAUGUCCUGAGGCGUUCAUUACUGUAACUGAACCUCUUAGUCAGAAGUUUUUCUGUAAGUCCAUUCGGCUGCUCACUUAUUCAGGGGUUGCCACAGGAAGAUAUUACUACUCACACACAAACUUGGCAGAGUUUUUACGGCAACCAUGAUUUGAACCCAGGUCAAGUGUAGCAAAGAUACAAACUUACCCUGCAGAAGGACUUCAUCUUGAAGCUCUUGGUAAGCUGGAAACAAUGUUCUUAUAAAUGACAUUCUGUUUCCUUACAUGUGAGGUUAUUUAAAUGCAAGGAGGUGGUUGCAAACCUUUCUUUCUAGGUAACUAUCGCUAAUAGAAAAAGAUAUUGAUUUUUUGUCACUGUUAAAAAUUUUCACCAUGACCGCUUUUCAUUCACUGCUUUCUGCUUUGGCUGAGGUUUUUUCUUUUGCUUGAUAAUGUUAUAGUGUAAUUAUUAAUGUACUCAUCUGAUUCUUUUUUUAUUAUUACUUCAGAUCUCUAAGGAACAUAUUAAAUAUUUAAUUAACUAACACUAAA